CUGAUCGCGUGAUAACGUGAUAACCUCACAUUAUAUAGUAUCGCGCGCCAUGUAUGACGUGGCUCUGGUCGUCGGCGCCGGCAGUAAUCUCGGCUACCAAGUCCUCAAGAAACUCACAGAAACCUACAAUGGAAAAAUUUACUUCACCACCGAAGACGAAACCACUGGCUUCAAUAUCCUCAAAAACUUGGAGAGAGACAACCUAGAUCUGAACUUUAUACAGAUGGACGUAACCUACACGAAGAGCAUCAUCAAGCUGAGACACUACAUCCAGGACUUAGAUGAAAGAAUAGACCUGAUAAUCAACGCUACAGACUACGUUCCAGAAAAAAGGAUAUCACUCACAGAAAUUGUUCGGAGGACACUGAGCGUCAAUUUUUAUGGAUACAUCAACUUCGGUAAAUUAGUGUAUCCAAUACUGAAUGAAAACGCAAGAGUCAUUAAUGUGUCAGGUCCUGCUGGACUACUGGCUACUAUUGAAAACGAAGAAAUAAGGAGAAGGAUAAGCGAUUCUAACUUGACAGAAGAUGAGCUGGUGGCCAUCCUGCAGGAGUACGAGGAUGCUGCAAGAAGAGGCACAGAGAAGACAGAGGGGUGGGGAAUGAGCGUCCACUGUGUCAGCAAGGUCGCUUUAAAUGCUGUGACAUUCCUACAACAUAGAGAAUGGGCCAGUAAAGGUGUGACGAUUAAUUGUGUGAACCCUGGCAAUCUUAACAGCAAGGAAGGAAGGAAAACAGCCAGGGUCUACGAAGAUGGUGCCAAAGCAAUUCUGUAUUUGGCUUUUGAAGCGCCUUUGACGUUAAAAGGUAAUUUUGUUUGGAGCAAUUAUUCUGUGAUUGAGUGGAACUCUGACCCGUUUGUGGAGGUCACGACAGUGUAAAUAAGUAUUAUGUAUAUAUAUAUAUAUAUAUAUACGUGCGUAUGAGAUAAUAACAUGUUUGACAAACUCCACGACACUCGUGUGAUGAACUCAUGACUAAUUUAAGAGUUUCAGAGUUAAACAAAACUAUACCUAAAAGUGAAGUGGAUAAAGUUGAUAACAGUAUGUGUACAUAAUUUUUAAAUUAGAAAAUAGUAUUUAUUAUUGAAGAUGAAUAAUAAAAUAUAUUAAAAUUAAAGAGUAAUGUUAUUUAGU